CGCCUCGAAACGCAACGCAACGCCUCGAGAAAAAAAUCCUCUACAACAUCCACCACUUCACACCCAUGGGCCGAUACCACAUCAUCCCCGGCGUCUGGCGCGGCGUCGAAGCUAGGCCCCUCAUCAUAUACCGCCACUUGAUCCGCCAGGUGGGAGUCCUCCAGGAUGACGUUACACGAAACUUCUUCAAACGCCAUAUACGAGAAAGAUUCGAGGAAGGCCGCGAUGACGAGAAGAAGCGGUUGACGCAGCAUCUGCAAGAGGCACGACAUGGGAUUAACCUCAUCAAGAAGGCGAAUCUGGGGUAUCCGAAGCCCUUGAUCAAGGUUAUGGAGAUUGCGUGGGGGAGGAGGGGCAAACGGCGCCACGAGUUGCUCAGGCCGAUUCUGCAAUACGGCAAACCCGAGCUCCCACAUGACGAUCCGCGUACACGUUACCCGUUCACCUCAAAGCCUUUCCGAGCCCUCCUCCAGAAGGCGCAUGUCAAAAACAUCGAAAUUAAACUCCCCGAAAAGAACAUUUGGGACGACCCGUUUCCGGUGGCACGGGAGCCACGCAUACUUCAACGUCAUCACACCAAGCUGGUGGAGCAAUGCCCCGCGCCGCUAUCGUUUGAAGAUUUCGACCGGCUGCAGCGUCUCGCCAACGGCGAAGAAACGGCGAUUCCACCACGGAGGAAGGUUCCUCUACGAAAUAAUAUCGACCCCGAAGAGGAUGUCAAGAAUGGCGAGCGGCCGCACGAAAUGACGCCGAGGUCAUGGAGGAGAUUGUAUCAGCGCAUUCUACAGCAGAGUUUAGCGAUCAGGCAGGACCCUGAGACUGGCUCGUGGAAGGUGCUUGCGCCGGAAAUAGUGCUCAAGAGGCCCGAGGCCGAUGGGGAGGAGGUGGAUUUCUUCCUCGUCCCGGGACCACAAAAGUUGACGCGGCAGGGAAAGCCGUAUAAGGUUCAGCCGCCUGAGAAGGAGUAUUGGUAGGGCUCAGUACGAUGUGGUUGUAGAGAGGGGGCAUACAUGUAGAUAUCAUACCACCAGGACUUGCUCACAACGUCCAGAAA